UGUAUUCAUUAGAUCAUGGGCGGGACCAUUGUUUGUUGGAUCAUACCACGCUAGUAAUGCUCAAAAUUGCGAAAUAUGAAGUAUCAUAACCUUUAAUUGCUUGUAUAUUUGAUCAUAGUCAUGCUUAGUAUUGCAGCAAGACAAUGUGCCCGAAGAAUAGAAUGCAGCACAAAUAUAUAUUCUUACUUUGCGCGCCACAGUUACCUGGUACCGUCUAAUAGUCAAGUUUUUCUGCCCGGUCUGCUGCAGAAGAAUCCUGCUAGUUUACAAAAGGUAAAUGGCGUAAUUCGACAAAAUAGCAAAAUUGCUUUGCAUUUCUCAACAAAAACCAAUCCAAAGUCACAAAAAAUCGUAGGAUCGUGGCUGUUAACCUGCAGUGGACUGGUCUUCGUAGCUGUUGUAUUAGGAGGUGUUACAAGACUUACUGAGUCUGGAUUAUCCAUGGUUACGUGGAAGUUACUUGGAGAAAAAAUUCCUACAACGGAAAAUGGUUGGGUAGAGGAAUUCGAGAGAUACAAAAUCUUUCCAGAAUAUAAAAUAAACAACACUGAUAUUACUCUAGAAGAGUUUAAGCACAUUUGGUGGAUGGAAUAUGCACACAGAAUGUGGGGACGUCUAAUAGGUUUUGCAUUUAUCAUACCUGCAGCUUACUUUUGGAGCAAAGGAAUGCUGCAGCCAGUAAUGAAAAUACGCGUCUUAGCACUAGGAUCGCUUCUUGGUAUGCAAGGGCUCAUGGGCUGGUACAUGGUAAAAUCUGGAUUAGAAGAUCGGUUUCACGGUCCUUCGGACAUACCAAGAGUGUCACAGUAUCGCCUAGCAUCACAUUUAGGAUUAGCAUUUCUCAUGUAUACUGGACUACUCUAUAAUGCGCUGGAUCACCUUUUACCUGCUAAAACACAUGCAGUUGAUUAUUUUGGAUCGAAGAAUGUUCAGCUCAGUAUCAUUAAAUCAUUGAGAAGGUUCAAAAUGAUGGUUUAUGGAACGAAAGGCUUGGUUUUUAUUACAGCAUUGUCAGGUGCAUUUGUUGCUGGAAUGGAUGCUGGAUUGAUUUACAAUACUUUUCCUAAAAUGGCAGACAAGUGGAUCCCUGACGAUAUUUUGGCACUUUACCCUCUACUAAGGAAUUUCACAGAAAAUCCAACGACGGUGCAAUUUGACCACAGAAUAUUGAAAUAUGGAAAAAUGGCAUUAUUUUACCAGUUUGCAAGGACGGUGACCGUAAUGAUGUACAAAAUUAUAGACCAAAGUAUUCGAAAGCAUUAUCCAUGAAAAUUUAUUUUUGGCCUCAUCGAAUACUCUUAUUGAGGAUCAGCACGGGUUGAGGAGGGGAAGGUCAACUAUCACAAAUCUCAGCGUCACGAAGCUCAGAUCACUAGGCAUUACAAAUAAUAUGCUCUCUUGAUUUAUGAGCAAUCGCGGUAAUAUAUUUCAAAUGGUAAGAGUAAAUGAUCAUUAUUCGGAAGCGUUUCAUGCAACAUCCGGUGUUACUCAGGGCUCUCACCUUGGCCUUCUGUUGUUUUUACUACACAUUAACGACGUGUAUACUGUGAUCAAAUACUUCUUAAUUACAUAAUGUGCUCACUAAAGGAUUUGUACUUCUCUAUGGCCAGACCCAGCUCGAAUAUGCUUCGGUUAUUUGGUCUCUGCAAUAUAUGUUAAGUAAAAUCAGGCUGGAAAGAUUUCAGAAUCGUUUUCUGCGUUUUGCAGCAAGAGAAUUAGGAAUGACAAUUAGUAGAUUCGAAUAUGAUUAUAGUGCGAUUAGAUCACAACUCAACAUUACUAAGAUUAAUGUUAGGUUCCAGUUCGACGAUUCAAGUUUUUUCUGUAAAAUCCUAAACAGCAGCAUUAACUGUCCGACAUUGUUAACAGAGAUUUCUGUAUAUGUACCUGCCAAAAAAAUGCGUAGUAAAAUUUUGUUCAAAAUGACUGAUCAUCAAACAAAGUAUGGGCGUAAUGUGUGGCAAAAUACAUGAUUCGAAUAAUGUUACGAGUAAAAUAUUUUAAUGGGCGGUAUUUAUUUCUUAUAAGACAUAGCGACGAAUUUCUCGCAUGUUAUUGGCGAAAGAGUAAGGGCGCCAGAACGACGGAAAAGAGCGCGGAUAAUUAGACGAACGAUUGGUUUUUUCCCGAAAAACCUCAUGAUCCCGAGAGAAAUGAUCCUUACCGCGCUGCAAUAUCGCGCCCCGAUGUUGAUUCGUUUAAAGUAACGCCACCAGUUUAAUUACACAGGCCCACAAAAAAAAGUUGUCUUAACUGUGUAAGAUACUAGUGUAUCUUUAUGUAUUUUUAGCCGCUGAAUCCGAAUCCGACGUCAGACUUGAGACUUAACGCUAAAAAUGUCCUCUAGCCUGGGGAAAAAUUAAAAACUCUAGGGAAUUCUAGAAUCUGCGAAGGAGAUAAUUAUGAAAGCAGAAUGUCUGCAUCAUGCAGCUAAUAAAUGCACUUUAUGUGGUUCAAACCGCCGAAACCACAUCCGACUUCAGAAAUGCCCUUAGGCGUCAGAUUUUUUCCCUAACCUAGGAGAAAAACUUAAAAUCAAGAGAAUUCUGGGAUCUGCUUAUUUCAUGUUUGUACGAUGGCAAAGUUAUGAGAAACUUUAUGUUCAUUAAGUAGUAUGUAUGUAUCUCGGGUCGUCUACCCUUCUGAAAAUUCAUAUAUAUGUUCUUAUAUAGGAACCUACAUAGGAUCCUAUAUAGGAGCGUAUGUUUCACCUAUAGGUGCUACCUGUAGGAAAUGACAUAGGAUCCUAUUAAAGAUCCUAUGUAGGUUCUUGUAUAGGGUCCUAUAUAGAAUCCUGUAUAUGUUCCUGUAUAGGACCCUAUCCAGGUGCACAGUACUAUUCGAUGGCAUUUACGGCUGCGCAGAAGUUUGUUUGGUCCUUCAGGAGCACUUUUUCGCUAGGCUAGGGGAACAUUUCACUGUUUAAUCUAAAUUCUGUGUUCGGAUUCGGAUUCAGCGGCUCAAAAUACAUUAGAACACACUAGUCUCAUACACAGUUCAAACCACUUUAAUUUUUUUGUGGGCCUGUGUUAUGCAAGGGAUAUCCCACAAAUUUACGAUGAAAACCACGUUGAUUAGAGCCGAGCCGUUGCGUCUAAGCAGGUAUUUAUUAACGCACCAAAAGUAUAAAAAUAGUGUAUUUGUGCAAAAAGAGUGCGAGUGAUGAAAGAAAUUGUUUAUUCAGUGUGGUUUUUUUCUACCCUUACAAACCAUAUCCAAAUCGUCGUUAAUGGCUGCCGAAAAGCGACGGAUGAUGCCGGUUCAACGAAUUAAGUGAUGCUGGUCAAUUUCAUGGGAUUCUGACUUGAAGCGGUUCUCCCAGGCUCAAUUGUGAACAACAAUUGGUUGCUUCACAAGCUUUUAAGAUGUACGAGCAAAUGGCUUUCUAGACCUUCCAUCAUGGCUCAAUCAGCGACAAUAGUUGCGCUAAGUAUAAACUAGUAGAAAAUGGUUAUUUUAUGUUCGUAAAUAUAAGUUUUAAAAUACAUAUCGCCUUAUUUAACUGAAAUGAUAUUCUUCAU